GAAAGGCUGCAGCAAGUCGCGAAGGGUAUUUCAGAUUUUUUCAAGAUGGCUGCAAAAAAUGGGCCACCACCUUUAAUGAAUUUAGAAGAAAUGGACAAGAACAUGUUUUGUAAAUCAGAGCAGCCGGAGAACAGUUGCCUAGUGCCUGAUAGUAUGAAAACAAAGCUUCCUCCAUUGCCAGAUGUUUGGAAAACAUUCAGCAGCACAAUGCCUGAUUUCCAAUUUCCAAAUCCACAGAGCCAGGGACCAAAUUUAAGCAAUGUUGAGAUCAAACAAGAGAAACUUGAUACGGACGAAUAUCCAUGUCAGUUUGGGGAAAACUCACAAAGUCAAGUUCAAGGGGCUGCAGCGUUGCCAAACUUUGGAGGUGGCAUGCCACCUAUGCUACCAUGCUUUGAUAAAAGUGAACUCAUUGUGUUUAAUAUGGCUGUACUUGGGGUUGUUAUACGACAGACAGUGCAGUUUGCAAAAACAUUACCGGAAUUUAGAUAUUUGGACUAUGAAGACCAAGCUGUGCUUAUAAAAGCUGCAAUAUUGGAAGUCUUGAUGUUUCGUAUGGGAGAAACCUUUCUGCCUGAGAAAAACUGUGUCGUUGAUGACAUUGUUGGAAUUGAAUGGAACUUGGAUAUCAUGCUUUAUUCUGGAUUUUUUAACUCUGCUCAAAAAACACUUAAUUUCACUCGAAGUAUAAAUUCUUUUCAUCUGAGUCGGGCUGAAUUUUCACUGCUGGAGGCAGCAACAAUUCUUUCAUCUGAUCGUCCAGAACUGAAGCAUCCAAAUGCAGUAGAGCUAAUACAGCAGAAAAUACUUCUCACCUUGCAAGCAUCCUGUAAAACGAAUCACCCGGAUGACAAAGUACUCUUUGCCAAGUUAGUUGUCAAGUUGGCAGAAGUCAGAGAACUGGUCCAGAAUCACAUUGAUGACCUAAACGAGUUCAAACUACCUAAUCAUGAAAGUAUGUUCCCUCUUAUAUCGGAAAUAUUCAAUAUGGAUGAAGAGAUGUACUCUGGUAUGUCCCAAAAUGCUGACACUUCCUAGUUCACAUGUCAGUACAGUGUAUAUCACUGAUUUGACUAAUUAGGUAUCGAUGUUACCCCUUUUGUGAGCCACUGAGGAUAAUGUUGACUUCAAGUGUACAGAAAUUAAAGAUCUGAAGACUGUCUGGAAGCAGUGUCCACUUCAGGGGCAAACAGUUUGCAGUGGAUAAACUUUGAAACAAUAGUACUAUUAAACAGUGAUUUCUUAUAGUGAUCAUCUUUGUUAUCAGGGAGUUUGUUGCUGGUAUAUAUAUAUGAAUGUAUUGUAAAACAUGGCUAAAGUGAUGGAAAAUUCACUAGGUUAUAUCUAGUUCAUUCCAUUUAUUCUCUUCAAAAUAGUAAUGCUGCAUUUUUGCACUCGUAUAGUAGAGUUUCAUGGAUUUUGUAACUUGUUAAGAUUUCUCAUGAAAAAACGCUACACAAAGUACGGGCUAAGAUUUAAGCUGAUUUAGGUACACGUAUUUUCAUUUUGGCUAGACCCAAUUGUGUCCACGAACUGGGAGGGCCAGACAUUAGCACGGGCACAAUCUGGUGAAGAAACUGUGGCAUUGGCUAAGGGGCGUUAUCAGUUGUUAAGCCACAGUGUACAAAAAAUCCUCGCCGUUUUUCCAUACACUCAGUAAGGCUUUUGUCUUUUCGUUGCUCCAGUUUUUGCGAGGGAACAAAGUUUCGUACACACUGAGCUCUGUUGCCAUUUUGGAAAUGAGAAAGUUGCAUAUAUUCGAUCACGUGCAAAAUAUUUACACCAAAUGGCGCUUAGCCCUGGACUAAGCAUUCACGCUCACUUCGUUAGCCCGUGCUAAGGGUCUGUGCCGCGUCUUGAGAUCAGAUCAGAUUUUACAUGUACUUAGCACUCCUUAGCCCGUGCUAGCAUUCAUGCAAAUUUUCUUAGGACAGGCUAAGUAAUUUGACCUCUUAGCCCAUAGUAAAGAGCUGUGCGUGAACGCAACUUUUGAAACCAAAUGCUAUUACUAAUAUAAGUCUUUAUUUUACCUAUUUUGGAGUACAAAUUCAGCUCAGGAAGAAUGUUAUGCUAGGUAAUUUAAAAGAUUAUGAUUGUUGAUUUAAUGUUUGAUUUUAUUUAAUUUUGGUAAAAAUGUUUCAACUCGGAACGGCAUGUGCGAUACUUUUACCUCUUCAUUAAGAUGAUUUUAUCAGUUUUAUAAAUUUCAGGUUUUUCAUAGGUGUGGUCUCUUUGCAACUUAAAUUGCAUCUUUUUUUUCUCAUAUUAGUGAAAAUGUAUUUAGUAAUUGAAGCGAACCAAUCCUGUUUCAGAUACAAUAUUUUUGUGAAAUAAAUAUAAAAUGUGUACAUUGUGUAUACUACAGUUAUUAAAAUUUGGAUGAAGACAGAUAUUUAUGGUAUUAUUAAGUACUAUUUUUUGCCUGUUUCAAUCAAUGUGCCUGGUGUGCUCAGUGCUCUUGAAAUAUUGUGAUGUUAUUCAUGACAAGGUUAUUUACAAGUUUUCGCUGGAUAUUGUAUUCUGAAUUUUAUUAUCAGAAUUCACCAUCACAGUCUUUGUUUUCAACCCCAAAACACUCAUCUGCUGAUGUUUUCAACUUGAUACAUAGAUGCUCCAUCACUAUUCACAGACCUGAUUAAUUUUUUGUUAAAAAUCUAUGCAUAUUAAUAACCUAAUUUGCAUAUUGAUUAGCACAUUUUAGGCAUUUUCAUUUGUUUCACAAUUGCCAUUCAACAGAUUUUGAUGAAACGUGGUACAUAGAUGCCCUGGGAUAAUGCAAAAACCUGAUUAGAUUUUGGUUAAAGUCAAUAUGAUAUAAGUUAUGUUGCCGAUAGGGACAUGCAAGUUGUGUCUGACAAGAUAUAUGACCAAAACAUCAAGUCAUCAUACAUGUAUAUGGUCCUUAUUUGAUUAAAUAUUUAUAAUUGUUAACCCAUAGCUACUUGGAACCAGCCUACAGAUCAUUUCAUAUGUCAAAUCCAAGACUUGACCAGGGAAAUCAUGAAAUAUUUAAAAAAACACAAAUACAAAUUAUUAAGCAAUAUUUGCAUGUGUAUCCUAGUAAAUCAUUUUAGACAAUUUAGCUCUAGGACAUGUUCAGUAUUUGCACAAAAUUGUUAAAUCAGACACCAUAACAAUCAUUGAUAUACUCUGUAUCAAAGUUAAUUACUAGUUGGGUACUUAUUUUCCUAACAAACAAAAAUGAAAUAUAAAGAACGUAAUAUACAAUAUUGUAUUGCAUUUAUAUAUGCUACUGUUUUAAUUUCAAUUUGAAUUCUUUACCUAUACCACAACAAAAUUUAGUUUUUAAGACAAUUCUUGCCAGUUACCUUAUGUACAUAUCUCAUACUUUGCAAUGUACUGUGGUUGAAGAUAAUCUGUUCUGUAUCAACGAGAGUGUAUUAUAGGAUAAACACACUCUCAUGGACAUUGGUUACAGACAAGCAUGUUAUGAGUCACCUGUUGAAAGCAUCCAUGGAUAGUCAGAAUGAAUGGGAAAAACUGCAUUAGCAGGCCAUGUGUGUGAAUUAUAAUGUACGAUUCUGCUGGCAAAUUAUGUCUAUAUUAUCUUGACAGCAGAACCUGCAGUGAAAGCAAAUUGUUCUACUUUUAGAAAUUGCAUAUUGUGCAGAUAUCAUAAAAAUCUAUAUCAAUGGUGUGUAAAAUUCUGGUAUCACAAAAUGAACUUCAUUAGUUUGUAGGAGUCUGUUUAUAGGAUCACAAUUUUUCAUCCAAGAGUAUAUAGUUAUUUAUUUUAUAUUGUAUUGACUUAAUAUACAUGUAAAUGGCUUGCCCACCAAAUCAAAUUAUAUUGCUUUCAAAAGUGAUCAUAGUUGUAUUUAUAUUUUAUGCAUUUUAUAAUACAUGUAGGCACAUAAACUUUAAAUAUUAUUGUACAGACAACAUAUUCUGACCCUCUAUAGGUUCCACAUAGUGCAAAAUUUAAUUUCUUGAUUUGUUUAGAACAGUUGCCCACCUUGCUUCCUCUACACAUUGAUAGAUGUUUCAGAGUUGCUUGAAGUGGUUCAUCUGACAUUUUUAUUUAUUAAGGCUAGAAUAACCUGUGACCAAAGGAAGACUUCCUCAAUGAUAUAUCACGUGAACAUUAUUUAAAUUUACCACAUGUUAUGUCUCUAAGGGGCACCAUGAUAUGUGCUGUGAUUGUCACGUUAAACAGGUUAAUACUUCAAAUAAAAUGACAAAAUAUCAUUUUCCAUGAGAUAUCAGGCUUAUACACAUAACUAGGCAAGACAUGCUUUUUGGUGAAUUUAUUAUUUAAUUGAGCUUCAAUGACAUGUUUUUUAAAGUAAUUAUUUAUGUAUCUGAAUUAAAUAAAAAACAACCAUACUAAUUAUAUGUGCUACUGCACACCACUUGUAAAAAACUCAUCAGUACUCAUGUUGUUUUUCAAUUAAACGGAGACAUUUACAUGUCUUACUGUAAAUUGUAUUUUUCAAAAUUGGCAAAUUCCUCUGCCCCUAUUCAUUGUGUAUAUUUCUGUGACAUGGACUUUUUAUGAGACAUUAAAUUUGAUGUAGUGCCACCUA